AAGUCGUUAGUUCAUCUGCUAGCUAGCCAUAUAAGUUGAAUGAAGCUUUAUGCGAAUAAAAGCACCGGCGAAGCAAGGACGCAGAAAACUCUGUUAGCCGGCUAGCUAACUGCAGGAAACGUGGUAGAAGAUCAAUGCUAAGGAUUAUCACAUCAGCUGACUAAUGGAGCUACAGUAAGUGCCCGAUUUGAGCCCUGUCAGCAGCUUGCAGAGAGAGAGAGAGAGAGAGAGCAAGAGGGAGCCAGACGACGUCUGACCUCCCCAGCAGCGCUGGACCACGUCCCCAUUGGCGCCGGAAACCAACUGAAACCGGAGUAGUCGCCAUUGUAGAGUGACCCUCUCCUCCCGUUGCCAUGUCCGGCGGUCGGCCAGUCAGACUGCGCGUCUUCUCCCUCAACUGCUGGGGUAUCCGCUAUCUCAGCCAGCACUGCGCUCAGCGCUAUGAGAUGAUCGGGGAGCUGCUCUGCAGGGAGGAGCACGACCUCGCCUUGCUGCAGGAGGUAUGGAGUGAAAAAGACUAUCUCUUCCUGAAAAAGAAGCUGGCAUGCAGUCACCCUCACUCCCAUUACUUUAAAAGUGGGGUUAUCGGCAGCGGCUUGGCUGUUUUCUCCAGGCAUAAACUCCAUGAUGCCUUUCUUUACCGCUUCUCCCUGAAUGGCUACCCCUACAUGCUCCAUCAUGGUGACUGGUUUGGUGGUAAGGCCGUGGGGAUGGUCGUGCUGAAGGUCCUCGGACUGACCGCUCAUGUCUACGUCACACAUCUGCAUGCAGAGUACUGCAGGGAGAAGGAUGGUUACCUGCCUCACCGAGUGGUCCAGGCCUGGGAGCUGCAGCACUUUGUUCGACACACUUCCAGCAGGGCUGACGUGGUCAUUUUGGGAGGAGACUUAAACAUGCACCCCCAAGACCUGGGAAACCGACUCAUUCGGGCAUACACAGGACUCCGAGACUGCUACACUGAGACAGACAAGUUUGACGGUUGUGAUGAUGGGAUCACACUAAUAGCAGACAACCCCUUCACCAAUAAGAAAGAGCUCAUUCCCUUCGAGAAAGGGAUCAGAAUAGACUACAUACUAUUUAAGGGGUCGAAGAAGGUGUGUGUAAAGUGCGAGUCCCUGUCCACCACCAAGGGCUCAGUUCCUGGGAAAGCCUUCCCGUAUUCGGACCACGAGGCCCUGAGCGCUGAGCUGCUACUACAGCCGACAGAGGGGGCGGGGGAGAGCGAGGGUGGGAGUGACAGUUGUUCUGCGGACACCCUCCCGGAGCUGGUGGACACGGUGACGGAGGCGCGCACGGAGGUGAAGGUGGGACUGCACCUGGCCGAGCGCAUGCGCCACACGGCGGCCCGCACGGGCGUGAUGGGGCUGGUCCUCCUGCUGCUGGAGCUGGCCAUCGCUGCCGUGCCCUGGCUGGCCCUGGGCGCCGAGCAGCCGUUUCCGCGCGCCUCCUUCUACCUGCUGGGGGCGCUGUGCUUCGCCAUCCUGCUGACCACCCUGCUGCUCUACGUCUUCUACACCACGCAGGUGAAGGCGCUGCAGGGCGCGGAGGACCAGAUGAGGCUGGCGGUGGGCGGCCUGCAGGACGCGCUGCGGGGCCUACCGCGCGGCCAGCAGGGGGAGCCCAUGCUCACGACGCCGGACCUCCACCACCCCACCCCCCUGGACCAUGAGGAGUAAGGGAGUUUUGAAAAAGGGGCCGAGGGCAGUACACUCCUCCACUGUAAUUUCUAGCCCAUUCUGGUCUGUUCUGAGCCUCAAAGCCUUCCUCAGAUGAAGGAAAAAAAAAAAGAUUUUUUUGGUCAUCUUUGUCCAUUAAAAGCUGGUCUCUUGUGAGGAUGAAGAUGAAGAUGAAGGUGAAAUAAGUGCCCUGGUAUUGUGUACUAGCUUCUCAUCAAUGACGCUGAGCUUGGAGACGCAUUGUUUUUUAAGAAGACCUAAGACGGAGAACCACUUAUUUGAAUAGAUGUGUUAGAAACCAUACCAUUUCAAAUCGCAGCAUUGGAAAUGCUAUCCUCAUGUGCAAGAAUUUGGUGAGAUGGAGAGGGGAGAAGGGAGAGGGCUGUAGCCCCAUAAA